AUGGCAUCGUCGCUAAUCAUCUACCGCCGUAGCUUGAGAGCACUCUCCGCCCUCCACCAUUCCUUUUCAGCCACUUCAAUACUCCCAAUCAGCGGCCACAUUUCAUCAUCACCAUCAUCAUGUUCACGCCGGGAAUCGUCGCUGAAUACCAUCGGCGUUCAAUCGCGUUCAUUCAGGUCGACGUCAAUCUCUCUUCUGUCUUCUCGUUAUACAGAAACCCCCGACGAGAUUGGUCCUGAUACGAUCCUAUUCGAGGGUUGCGACUACAACCACUGGCUCUUCGUCAUGGAUUUUCCCAAAGACAACAAGCCUUCACCCGAAGAAAUGAUUCGUACCUACGAAGAGACUUGUGCCAAGGGUCUCAAUAUCAGUGUGGAAGAGGCAAAGAAGAAAAUUUACGCUUGCAGCACAACCACUUACACAGGCUUUCAGGCUGUGGUCACUGAAGAAGAAUCCAAGAAAUUCGAAAGUCUUCCCGGAGUCAUCUUUGUGCUACCUGAUUCCUAUAUUGACCCUGUCAACAAGCAGUACGGAGGAGAUCAGUACAUUGAUGGAACAAUCAUCCCUCGGCCUCCGCCAAUACAAUAUGGGAGAAACCAAGGAGGAAGACGGGACUUUAAUCGACAAGGACAAGGGAAUCCCUCUUACAAUAAUCAGGGUGGAAGAAACUUCGGACCUUCACAAAAUUACCCUCCCCAGCAAGGAUCACAAGGAUAUCCACCCCAACAGAGCCAUGGCCAAACAUCGCAAGGAUAUCCACCCCAACAGAGCCAUGGCCAAACGUCGCAAGGAUAUCCACCCCAACAGAGCCAUGGCCAAACAUCGCAAGGAUAUCCAUCCCAACAAAAUUAUUCACCACCACGUAACAUUGAUCAAGCACCACAGAAUUACUCCCAACAGCAAACCUUUGGUUCUGCUCCACCACAACAGAGCUUUGGAUCUCCAGGACAAGGAGAAAGAAGAAAUUAUGCGCCGCAACAGCACUUCGGACCACCGGGACAAGGGGAAAGAAGAAGUUAUGCGCCACAACAGAACUUUGGACCACCGGGACAAGGGGAAAGAAGAAAUUAUGCGCCACAACAGAACUUCGGGCCACCAGGACAAGGAGAAAGAGGAAAUUUUGCGCCACAACAGAACUUCGGACCACCAGGACAAGGAGAAAGAGGAAAUUUUGCGCCACAGCAGAACUUCGGACCACCAGGACAAGGAGAAAGAGGAAAUUUUGCUCCACAACAGAACUUCGGACCAACAGGGCAAGGAGAAAGAGGAAAUUUUGCUCCACAACAGAACUUCGGACCACCAAGACAAGGAGAAAGAAGAGACUCUGUGCCUAGUGAUGGUGGAUGGGAUUUCAAACCGUCAUAUAUGGAGGAAUUUGAACAGGUCGAUAAGGGAAAUCAAAAUGCCAAAGAACAGCCAGGUUCCCAACAAAGAUUUCCACCUCCUGGCCCGGGCAAUUUUCCCGGAGAGGGAAGGUAUUAA